UGCCGCUUGCUAUCAGAUUGGCCCCAAAGACCAUCUCGCGCGCUUCGUUCUAUUGUGAAUAGCUCUUCAUAGUCGAUGGUCUGCUCAAUAUUCUGCUACUUUCCCCAGUCUGAGAUGUGACUUAAACGGUACUCGAUCAGGAAGAUCAGACAGUCACUCGAAGAAAUUUUGGCGAUUGUGUCGAGUGUCGAGUCGUUUUAGAGAACAAGUAGGAACACAGAAACAGAUGAUAAGCUGUGAAACGCGAUUAGAUUAUUAGUGCUUGCGAGGUGUGUCACUUGAAUGGCUGGUCUCUUCCGUCGCGUCCAGUGGUUGUGAUGUGAUUGUGAUGAUCUGUGGAGAGAGGCGCCUCGUAGUGUUACCGUGUGAUGCUCCGUGUGACAAAGGCCAUAAAGCGGGCGAAUCCAAACACACAUGGUGGUAAAAAUAGUCAACAAGUGUCAAGUUUAUGGUGAGAAAAACGAAAAAAAAAUAACGUCACGCACGCGGAAAAUAUAUACGCCCAGCGAGAGGAGAAAAAAGUUCAAAAGUGUGCGAAACCUGCUGCAGAUAGAUAAAUUACCGACCAAUUAUAGCAUGAAAAGAUGAAUAUGUCGGUUAUUGUUACUGGUGUUCACGGCUGAGAAAGAACCAGACAGAGUUGAAAACGUAUGAUAGCGAUAUUAGCACUAAUUAAUAGCUCUCUAGGUGAUCGUGAGCUACUGUGUAGCUCAAUGGUGUCUCUGUAUGUUGCUUUGGUGAAUCCACGGCUUUGUUGUGAGUUCUGGUAAAUGGUGGACACCGCAGAACAAAUGAAACGGUAGUGAUUCUCGGAUUAAUUAGCUGGAAAUUUAUCUGCCGACGGAUCAGUCACAAACCAAGAAUCAGACCGAACCGAGGUCAUAGUGUGUAGCAUCAGUGUAACGCGUGGUUGUUUGAUAAAAAUGUCCCGUUUCGUGAUAAAACGAUAGGAUUAACCACUCGCUUCAACCUGCUGCGAUCAUUAAUGAGUGAGCUCACUCGCAUUCGUAUGCAGUGUCGAUAACUAUGGAACACCCAGAGGACCAGCAGAACCAGCUGGAAAUCCAAUCGCUCAAUCCAGUACCUAAUCGGAGGCCAAUAAAUGAUGUGCACUUUCAGGCUGUCAAUGCAAGUCACAAACAUCCGAACAAAUUGAACAACAAUGUAGCACAAAGUGACGACGCAAAAGUGCUUCUAUUGCCAUCGAACCAUCGUAAAUUUAUAAUCGUUCCGUCGCAGCCGGUUAGUGCAAUCGGUAGUGGCAGCAGUAGUGUUUCAGUGCCAGGAUCUCCUCACAUUCACCACAUCAACAACAACAACAAUAACAACAAUGAUACUAGUAGCAGUUUACAUUCACCCGAUCCCCUCUCAGAGAGGUUCGAAAUUGGGGAAAGUUCCACAGGUGUGAUCCACUCUGUCCCGAAACCAGCGUAUCCUCUGGCCGCUAGCUCAAAGCCAAAGCAUUUUCACAGCCUUAGAUCGGUACGUUCUGCCACCGAUCGUCAUGGAAUUGCCGACGCACACCUGCAUCCCGCGAUCCUUCGGACCGGAUCGUACAUAUUCAGCGAGUCCGGUGGAACUCCGAGGCUGUUCUCCGAUGUGACCUCAAUACGCUCGCUGGCCUCUAUUGGAGUCGGCUCCACGGAUGGCCGCCGGAUGGUCAUCCGUCGCGUGCCGAACUCACCUACCGAGCUGCUCACCAUUAUCAAUCCGCCAACCCCUCCAGAUGAGCCAUACGAGAACGAUAGCUACACGGGCAUCUCGGAUGAUUCGGACAUCGAUAAUCUGAAGCCCCGUAAGCAGCACUGGGCCAACAAGAUGCAAUUCGUGCUGGCCUGCAUCGGAUAUUCGGUAGGAUUGGGCAACGUCUGGCGGUUUCCGUAUCUGUGCUAUAAAAGCGGAGGAGGCGUGUUUCUGGUGCCGUAUUACAUCAUUCUGCUAAUCUGUGGUAUUCCGAUGCUGUUUAUGGAGCUCGCCGUCGGUCAGUACACGGGACGAGGGCCGAUUGGGGCACUGGGACAACUUUGCCCACUGUUGAAAGGAACCGGUUUGGCUAGCGUUGUCGUCUCGUUUCUCAUGUCAACCUACUAUAGCGUAAUCAUUGCCUAUGCCAUCUACUACUUCUUCACAUCCUUCCGACCGGAGCUCCCGUGGACCGACUGUUCCCACCGGUGGAACACGCCCGACUGUUGGAUUCCGGAGCGAUUGAAGCACAACAUAAGCCGGCCGGAAAUGUCGCGGACCCCCACCGAGGAGUUCUUUGAGAACAAAGUGCUCCAGAUAAGCCACGGCAUCGAGUAUCCCGGCGGAAUGCGUUGGGAGCUGGUGGCAUGUUUGAUAUGCGCGUGGAUUCUGAUCUAUUUCGCCAUCUGGAAGUCCAUCAAAUCGUCCGCCAAGGUGCGAUAUCUCACGGCAACGCUUCCCUUCGUGUUGAUCAUCGUUUUCUUGGGACGAUCGCUCACGCUGGAAGGGGCCGACAAGGGAUUGAACUAUUUCUUCCGACCGAACUGGCAGGAACUAGGCAGGGCAAAUGUUUGGAUCAAUGCGGCGGCGCAAAAUUUCAACUCAAUAGGUAUCGCGUUCGGCUCGAUGAUAUCCUUCGCCAGUUACAACAAAUACAACAACAAUAUUCUGCAUGACACGCUGGCCGUGUCGUUCAUCAAUGGAAUAACAAGUUUGCUCGUUGGGAUAUUUGCCUUUGCCACGAUCGGAAAUAUCGCUUUGGAGCAGAACACAACCGUGGAGGAUGUGAUUAGCGGAGGCCCAGGCCUCAUAUUUGUUGUGUAUCCACAGGCUUUGGCUAAGAUGCCGGCUGCUCAAAUGUGGGCAGUGUUGUUUUUCUUUAUGUUACUUUGUUUAGGCUUAAACAGUCAGUUUGCCAUAGUAGAAGUAGUGGUUACUUCCAUCCAGGAUGGCUUCCCCCGAUGGAUCAAGAGGAAAUUGGUCUACCAUGAGUUGCUCGUGCUGAUAGUUUGUGCUGUAUCUUUCUUCGCCGGUCUUCCCAACCUGAUACAAGGCGGCAUCUAUUUCUUUCAGCUGAUCGAUCACUAUGCCGCUUCGGUAUCGAUAAUGUUUCUGGCAUUCUUCGAAACAAUCGCAAUUGCAUGGUUCUACGGUAUCAAUCGGCUGUCCAAAAACGUUAAGCAAAUGACCGGAAGGUAUCCGUCGCUUUACCUUCGCUUCUGUCUGCUUAUAGCCGUGCCAAGCUUGCUAAUCUCAUUAUGGAUCUUCAGUUUGAUCAACUACGAAGCUCCUACCUAUCACAAUGGCAAAUAUGCCUACCCUGGUUGGGCCCACGGUUUGGGAUGGACUAUAACUGCGGCAUCCCUUGUGUGCAUUCCAGCGUUUGCAAUCUAUCAAAUCGCUCGAGCUGAAGGGAACACAUUGGGACAGAAAAUCCUAAAUACCCUGAAGCCCAACCUGUACGAAUGUAAAGUUUGCGGAGAGCACCAUUGUGACCACGAUUUCCCCGAUGAGGAUUACGGCCAGGAGAUGGCCCUAGUCGAUUCUACCUCGGGAGCACCCCUAAUGUUCCAUAAUACGUCCUCGCCAAAUCAAAGUUACCAGUUACCAGUCACUGACGGUGGUCAUAGAAAUCAUAGUGCCCUGAAUGGACAAGAUCCCGAAAGGCGAUGAUCCACGUGUUAGAACAAUAGAACCAAAAAACGCUUAUUUAAUAGGAACAAUGAACGAAUCAUUAUAACCAAUGUCGAUCAGUGAAAGCCAGUGAAACCAGUGUAAGGCGCGCAUAGUUGCCCAAACUGUUUCGCUGUGGCGAAACGAACAAAACAAAAGACAGCUAGGUAGCCCAAUUGCAUUUUUUCUCAAAUAAUCCUGGAAUAAUCAUUUUCCUAACUAGUAGUGGUAAACAUUUUACUGAACCCGUUGUGAUGCAAUGCUGAAACAGCGACAUUUGAACAUUCGUGACGUGAUUAGAUCAAGGAUAAGUGUGAGGGAGAAAAAAAAAACAAGAAAAUUUCGCCAUCCGGAAAAAUAAACAGACAGUGAAACUUUCAAAUAAGGAAAAAGAGUUGUACAAUUUUCGUCUCAAUAAAUCUGUCGUAAUUUAAA